GUCGGAACGAAAUACUGCGCGCGCUGUCAUCAUUAGGUUCUACGUCGUUGAAAUUUUCGUUUUACUUCGACUGCAGCCGCGUGUUUAACGUUCACGUUCCAGUGUAUUAUAAAUAGAAUUUUCAUAGUUGGAGAACGUGAGCUCGACGUCCAGAUUUAGAUAUUUUGGAACAGAACUCGUGCUAAUUAUAAAUGUGAUGUAGACAGUUCGCUCGAUUCAACGGCUCCGCGCUCUCAGUAGAGUGUGAUCUACUGCGUUUUCUGUGCACACCGAGUGUUUCGUUACAAUGGGAGACAUAUCCGAGCCAAUAAAAAAAUGCAUACUCAUUUUAAAGUCUGCAAAAAGUGACACUGAAAAAUUUGCUGCUUUAUUUAUGGUGACAAAACUAGUAAAAAGCAAAGAUUGUAAUGCUUUAGCAAAGAAGGCUUUGUUUGAAGCGAUCGGUUUUAAGUUUUUAAAGAAGCUCUUAACUGGAAAUAACAUUCAAGAUGAUUGCCCUCCAUCAGUCUACAAAUCCGUUGCUCUAUCAAUACUCACGUGUUUCUGUAAUGAACCGGAACUCUCCACACAUCCUGAAAUGCUCGCCAAUAUACCCGUGUUCCUUGACAUUGUGCAGACAUCCGACAAUGACGAUUAUGAUGAUAACCUAAUUAUUAUUAGUGAAGCAUAUACAUGUCUGCAGUGUAUUGCUGAACAUGAAGCAGGUCAAAAAGCCCUCAUCGAAGUGGGUGCAAUAACUAAAAUGUCGGAGAUUUACUCUCAUCAAAGCUUCCAAACUGAUGAAGCACUUAAUAUUCUUGUUAAGUUGGUUAGUAGAUAUGGACCUGCAGCAUGGGGAAGUGAUCCCAAACCCUUUCAUGCUCUAGUAAAUAAAAUAGCAUUAGAUUUUGCAACAGACCAAUCUGAAAGGAAAUUUGAACUGGCUACCAUUUUAAGUGCAUUAUUAUACAGCUGUAACAAAACAACCGUUAUACCAGGAUCAUCAGAAGAAACUUGGCCACAAAGUAUUUACAAAGCUCUUUAUGAUAUAUUAACAAGUAAAAUUGGUAAAAAUCAAAGAGACCCUGCAUUGAAACUUGCAGCAAAUAUUAUUGACUUGCUCGGAGUUGAGUGGACAUUCAAUGAUGAGGAUAACCCUAAAAAAUUCUUCCUCUUAUUGUUACAAUUAUGUGCUAUUGAGGUACGAAUGCAACUUGAGGAUAGAAGUUUUAAGCAAGCUUUUGCCAAUGCCGAACUCAUUACCGCUUGUUUCAUUGUGCUGGAAUUAUCAAUUAACUACAUGGGCACAGAUCAGCUAGACUUAGAACAAAAAGAAAAACAAUCAGUUUACACAAGCCUUAAAGGAGCAUUCAAUGCUGUUGUUUCUAUAUUAACAAAAGUAUCCAAUGACAAAAACCGAGAUAAACUUCCUGACCCUGAAAAAGUUUUUAUAUGUGCCAUGGUAAGAGUCUUAGUUGCCUGGAUUGCCCAAGAAACAACAGCAAUGCGAGAGCAGAUUUAUGCAUUGCUUCCAUUCAUAUUUACACUUGCAAAUGACUCUUUUCAUGCUUAUAGAGCAAGAAAACUAGCUGAAAAGAAUAAAAGUGAUGGUGAGCCAAUGAAUAUUGAAAUAUCUUUACUGGGUCAAAUUGAUUUGUUGCGUUUAAUGCUACCAGCACUUUGCCAUCUUGUUGUGGAAGAUAAAGCAAGAGAUAUUGUUCUAAAUCUAAAGCAGGAAGACAUUCUCUAUGAGGCUAUGAACUUUCAUUGGUCUAUUGUACAUUAUAAGAAACCAAUUGUACCAAAAUCUGAAAGAGGGAAGGUUAGAACUCAACCUGAACCAGAAUUAGAUCCUCAAGUAUUAGAAGAUAUGAAAGAUUCAAGAGCUGCCAUGGUCAGCCUUUGCAAUAUUUUCAUGAAUCUGACUGUAUUGGCUCCCAAAGUUGUGGAAAACAGUAUGUUAUUCAACACACUUCUUAAGUUUAUUUUUAACAAUUUACCAGAACUUAAAAAUAUACCUGAAAAUCUUGUUCUUCAUGGACACCUCGCUGUAUUGGGACUUCUUCUUCUAAAACAACAAGCAAGCAAAGUGAAGAAAAAUGACUUCUCUAUAUGUAGAUAUAUUCAGUCAACAAUACGAUUCCUUUGGGAUGCCUACAAUGUUGAUGAAUCAAAUGAUCCUAAUGCCCUUGUUGUUUCAAUGACUUAUAAGGAAAAUUGGAAUGAAAUUGCAGAUCUGUGGUUCUUAGGCAUGCAAACUUUAAGCGGAGUUUUGACUACUAUACCUUGGAUAUCCGAGUUUGCCAUAGAAAGUGGAUGGGCUGAAGGAAUAGCUCAAAUGCUUGCCAAAGUCAAAGUUGGUACAUUGGCCCCAAAUGUUAAGUCUGCAUUUGAAGAUUUCCUGUGUAGAUUAGUUGACUCAAAUGAAAGUGCUAUUCCUGUUUUGAAGAAAGGUGGUGCCUUAAAGAUGUGCAGAAACCACAGAUUAAUGGAUUUGGGCAAAAAAUUGUUUGGAGAUUAAAUUAAACUGUUUGUUUUUAUAUACUUUUUUUUGUACUAAAUUAAUUUUAUACUGAAAUGUACUUAAGUUUUUUUAUUUAACAAAUUGCAAUCUUCUUCUGCUGUAAAUAUAAC